AUUCUGACACAAAGCAAAACAAGAAGAGAAAUUAUAAUUUGAUCAUUCUUUAUCUAUUAUUGAGUACAAAAUACAGAUCGACAAGUCACAAAUAGUUACUUACACUAUGUAUAAUUUAAAUUAACUUUUGUUCAUUUGUUAUAUUUUUUCCUUCACGAAAAUGGACAUUCUAAAAGCAGAAAUUGCUAGAAAACGAAAACUUAUUGAAGAGAAAAAUAUCCUGAAUUCAAAAAAGUAUUUUAAAAGAGGGGAACUCCUAGCAAAAGAACAAGAAGAGUACUAUAAAAAAUAUGGACCAACAAAUCAACAUGACAAAUUGGCUAUAGACAAUCAAAUAGAGGAUAUAGAAAAAGCUAAAAAGCAAGAAGCAGAAAAUCAACAAUCGGAAAGUGUAUGUUUGCCAAGAGCUGAAGUUAUCAGAAGGUUAAGAGAACGGGCACAUCCUAUCAUGUUGUUCGGAGAAAGUGAUUUACAGUCUUUCAAAAGACUAAGAAGAAUAGAAAUACAAGAACCUGAAGCCAACAGAGGUUUAAGAAACGACUUUCAAGAAGCUAUGGAUAAAGUGGAUCAGGCAUACCUUAAUGAAAUAUUGGCCUUAGGAACACAGAAUGAAAGGGAAAAACCACAAAAUGAGGAUGAUUUGGAUGAUUCAGUUACAUACGAGUUCAUACAAGAAAUGGCGCAGACUAUGGGUCAAGGGGACAGAAAUCAUGAUAUGAAUGUUAUAAUGAUUCUGUUACAGUUCCUUCUCAAACUGUGGGGUCAACAGCUAAACUCUGGUACAUCAACAGAAAAGACUGCAAUCAAGCAUAAAAUGACAAGAGCAACCUACACUCAAACUCAAGUGUAUCUCAAACCACUGAUGAGGAAAUUAAAGAAAAAGACACUUCCUGAAGACAUCUGCGACAGUCUCAUGGAAAUCACCAAGCAUUUAUUGGAAAGAAAUUAUAUUAUGGCUAGCGACGCAUACCUACAGAUGGCGAUUGGCAACGCCCCAUGGCCUAUUGGUGUCACUAUGGUGGGCAUUCACGCGCGUACAGGGCGCGAGAAGAUCUUCUCCAAGAACGUCGCCCACGUCAUGAACGAUGAGACUCAGAGAAAGUACAUCCAGGCUCUGAAGAGAUUAAUGACAAAAUGUCAAGAAUACUUCCCGACAGACCCAUCCCGAUGUGUGGAAUAUAGUACAACUAGAUGAAUAAAAGUACCUUUAUUAUUUAUUAUUUACUAAACAAUGAUAUUGGAAUAUGUACAAAAGUUUCAUUUACAAGAUUGCCUAAAUAUUUUAUCGGAACAUGAUGUUUUGGGUUAUUACAGCAUCAAAAUUGAUUUCUUGAAACUAUUUGAAACAUAUCCCGACAUAGGUGACAAAGUGUUGUGCAGUCCUAUUUCAACUCUAAAAUCAUGUAAUGAGGACAUUAUAAAGGCCCAACAGAAUAUUCUUGAGAAAGAAGAAUAUAAAGCAUUGAUCGCUAAACUAAACUUUAAAUAUCUGAAGAGAAAUGUACAUGCAAGGUUCUUUGGCCUUCCAGUAUGUCCAGAGUUACAUAGAACUGUAUUUCCUAAAAAUGUAGAUCUUGGAUGCUUUUUAAAAGUUACAGGAACUGUUGUACGUGUAACACAGGCAAAAAUGUUAGAAUAUCAAAGGAAAUAUGUGUGUAUGAAAUGCAAAUUUGAGAACUCUGUGGAGGCUGAUUUUGAAAACCGAUACAUUUUGAAAGCACCAUCAAAAUGUUGGAACUCUAACGUUAGAUGUAAAUGUACCACAUUUACACAGGUCAAUCUGGUAUCAAGAGAACAUUGUAAGGAUUAUCAAGAAAUCAAAAUACAGGAGCAAGUUAAUAAACUUAGUAUUGGUACAAUACCUGGAUCCAUGUGGGUGGUGCUGGAGAAUGAUCUUGUUGAUUCCUGCAAACCUGGUGAUGAUGUUAUUAUUUGUUGCGCAGUUCGUCGCCGCUGGCGUCCAUCAGUCCAGGCUAAGAAAUCAGAAGUAGAAUUAGUUUUGCAUGCUAAUUAUAUAGAAGUCAUCAAUGCACAGAGAUCUGAAGUGAUUUCCCUAGCUCCAGACAUAAAGGAUUGCUUUGACGAUUUCUGGGCUAAAUACCAGCAAUGCCCGUUGAAAGGAAGAGAUCAGAUCUUGGCUUCUGUGUGUCCGCAGGUUUAUGGGCUUUAUUUAGUAAAGUUAGCGGUGCUACUCACAGUUAUAACUGGAUCUAACCACAUCGCUGAGAAUGAACAGAAAUCAAUGUCUGAUGAUAAACAUGCAGCACAUGUUAGGGGACAGUGCCAUUUACUACUUGUUGGUGAUCCGGGUACAGGCAAAUCGCAGUUACUAAAAACAAGUGCAGAACUGACACCCCGUUCAGUGUUUACGUCUGGAGCCGGCAGUACCCGCGCUGGCCUCACGUGUGCAGCUCUAAGAGAAGAUGGCGAAUGGCAAUUGGAAGCUGGUGCCCUGGUACUAUCUGAUGGCGGAGUUUGCUGUAUCGAUGAGAUAUCGCAUCUGAGGGAUCAUGACCGCACUGCUAUACACGAAGCCAUGGAGCAACAGACUAUAUCUGUUGCGAAGGCAGGAAUAGUGUGCAAACUGAACACCCGUUGCGCAGUCAUAGCCGCGUGCAAUCCUAAAGGGCACUAUCAGACUGACCAGCCGUUGAGCGUGAACGUUUCUUUGGGAACACCCUUGUUAAGUAGGUUCGAUCUAAUAUUCAUUUUGUUGGAUUCGAAAAACAAAUCGUGGGACAAACUUGUGUCUUCCUACAUAUUGUUUGGUGACGAAGAUCCAGUCGAGGCCAGAAAGAAAUGGACUCUUGAAAAACUGCAAAUGUACAUUGGUUUAAUUGGGCCGAAACGGACGCAGAUGACGAAGUCUGCAAAUACAAUACUGCAGUGUUAUUACAUGACACAGAGAAAGUCUGAAUACAGAGACCCUUCCAGGACUACAGUUAGAAUGCUAGACAGCUUGAUCAGGUUAUCGCAAGCACACUGUCGUCUCAUGUAUCGAACAACAAUAUUACCCGUAGAUGCAAUAUUCGCCAUAUCCCUUGUAGAUCUAUCAAUGCAGGACUGUACGUUGGCUGAUACAGUGGAUGCUUUACAUUCAACCUUUUUAAAUCACCCAGACUUUCACUACCUCUGCAUGGCAAAAAAACUAUUAGCCAAACUAAAAUUGAAUAAUAUAUGGAAAGAAGAACUAUUCUACUACGGAAAAUUACUUCAAAUAGACGGCCAAACUUUAUCGAACGAUAUAGAAAAAGGAGAUCAUAAGCUCUUUGCAAAAUAUGAUGAUGUAUCUGAUAUAAAUAUUCCAUUAUCUGCAUCACUUGUAACAAGUUCAUAUUUCAACAAUAAGAAAAAUGUAGUGACAUUAAAUGAAAUAGACAAUAAAAUCCUUGAUUUCGAUGAAGUUGCAAAUGUGAGAGAUAUAAAUAAAAAAUUAGCAGCGACUUUAAAGAAACAUGCAACUCUUAAUAAAAUAGAUAAAAAGCCACCACAAAAGAAAAAAACUAAACGGAAGAGAAAAGAAGUUAACUUAGAUAACAGUGCACUUGGAAAUAAAAAACAAAGAGUUAAGAAAGAUAAGCAAAUAAGACUGGAUUCGUCUGAUAGUGAAGAUUGUGAUGUUAAUGAAAUUUUAAAUGCAGUACCAAGUGUGAAUGAUGUUUUCACGAAACUUGGGAUAGAUUUUAAACUGUGCAAUAAUGAUUCUCAAAUUAAUUUAAGCCAGAACAGUGAUAAAAAAGUGGCUACUACAGCAGUUAUAAAAAAUUCUGUACUAAAUAAAGAGAACCAAAUUGAAUCUAAUCAAAAUGGUCAAAAAAUUACUGUUCAAGACAAUCAAUCUAGUAAAACUUCUAUCAGCAAAUUAAAGCAAUUUGAAUUUGCUGCAAAGCGAGAUUUGAGUAAAUUUUAUGAUGAAAAUGCUGAAAGUAAUAAAGGUGUUAUAGUAGAUACAUUACAAAACACUGUGGUUAAGAGUACUGUUAAUUCUAAUGGAAAUUCAAAAAAAUCAGUAUCCAGUUCGCAGUUAUCUAUGUUUGAAAGUUCAGACUGUGAUAUAGAUUUUGAUAUAUAAAAUCAUGAAUAUUUCAAUGGAAUUAUUGAUAAAAUUAAACUGAUCUAUUAAUUAUGAAAUAAAUAAAGACAAGGUGACACUUUUCCCUAUGUAAUAUUUAAUGCUAUUGUUAUAAAU